ACGUCGUAAUGAAUCGAGGUGGCUGAUCGCAAGCCAACGACGCGAAGAUUUCGUACGUGGUCAAACUUUGGGAUAUCUCGUGCCAUCUGUUGUUGCGAAAGAAAAUACAAGCAAUGUGUUUAUCAGUGAACCGACGAAGAUUCGUCGUCGGGUUUACAGUAGGCCGAGAAACCGACUCGAGCCCCGUUCAGCCCUUGUGUGACCUUUCGUAGUUUGUGGUGACCUUCACGCGAGGUUGACCGUGGAACUGUUCGUCUGCCCACCCACUUGCUUCUCAUCUCUUCCCUUUUCUAUCGUGACGCAUUAUUUUAAACGGAUAUUGCAAAACAGCCAGCAGAAUGUCAAGGGAACGUGGAGCUAGAAGAUUUUACCGUAUGGACAGUAGUAAUGAUUUAUUAGAAUUUAUGGAUCGUGGAUAUUCAGCACAGCAUGAAAAUCGAUGGAAUUUUGAAGUUGCUUGGGAAGCUGCCAACAAAGUUGGUGGCAUAUACACGGUAAUACGUUCCAAAGCAUUUGUAUCGACAGAAGAGAUGGGGGAUCAAUAUUGCCUUAUUGGUCCAUACAAAGAAACUUCAGCACGUACUGAAGUUGAAGAGGCAGAUUUUCCUCAUAAUAGUCCAUUGCAUUUAGCUGUACAAACUUUACGUGAUCAGGGAUUCAAAGUGGUAACAGGAACAUGGCUAGUGGAUGGAAACCCACAAAUCAUUCUCUUUGAUAUUGGAAGUGCAGCAUGGAAAUUGGACGAAUAUAAGCAGGAAUUAUGGAAUACAUGCAAUCUUGGUAUUCCUCAUCUGGAUAUUGAAGCCAACGAUGCAGUUAUUCUCGGUUAUCUUGUUUGUCAGUUUAUUUCGGAAUUCAGACAAGUCGCUGAGGAAUAUUCCGAUGUUCCUCCUCGAGUAGUCGUUCAUUGUCACGAAUGGCAAGCAGGUGUCGGUUUAAUUGCAUUAAGAACUAGACACGUGGAUGUUGCUACAGUUUUUACAACGCAUGCCACUCUUCUUGGAAGAUAUCUUUGUGCUGGAAAGACUGAUUUUUACAACAAUUUAGAUAAGUUUAAUGUCGACGAGGAGGCAGGGAAACGUCAAAUUUACCAUAGAUAUUGCAUGGAACGCGCAGCCUCGCAUUUGGCGCACACAUUUACAACCGUUUCGGACAUAACAGGCUUCGAGGCUGAACAUUUAUUGAAACGGAAACCUGAUAUAAUUACGCCAAACGGGCUGAACGUAAAAAAAUUUGCAGCAUUGCACGAAUUCCAAAAUUUGCAUGCUGUUAGUAAAGAAAAAAUACACGAAUUUGUUAGGGGCCAUUUUUACGGACAUUACGAUUUCGAUCUGGAUAAAACUUUGUAUUUCUUCAUUGCUGGACGUUACGAGUUUGGAAACAAGGGUGCUGAUAUAUUUAUCGAAGCUUUGGCUAGACUGAAUCAUUAUUUAAAAUCAUCCAGACCCGAUACAACUGUCGUGGCUUUUCUAAUUUUCCCAGCGCGAACCAAUAAUUUUAACGUAGAGUCGUUGCGAGGUCAUGCUGUUACCAAGUCUUUGAGAGAUACAAUUAGUGACAUACAACAGAAAAUAGGAAGGCGUAUGUAUGAACUGUGUCUUUCUGGUCGCAUGCCCGAUGCACAAGAUCUUUUGCAAAAAGAGGAUACCAUCAAAAUCAAACGGUGUUUAUACGCUUUGCAAAGGAAUGGAUUACCUCCGGUUACCACGCACAAUGUUGUAGAUGAUUGGAACGACCCGGUAUUAAAUUCUAUCAGAAGGUGCAAUCUUUUUAACACCGUUAACGAUCGAGUGAAGGUAGUAUUCCAUCCAGAGUUUUUAUCAUCGACAAAUCCAUUAUUCGGUCUCGAUUACGAAGAGUUUGUUAGAGGAUGCCACUUGGGAGUGUUUCCGUCAUAUUACGAACCUUGGGGCUACACGCCUGCAGAAUGUACGGUUAUGGGUAUCCCCAGUAUAACUACGAAUCUGUCUGGUUUCGGGUGUUUCAUGCAGGAACAUAUAGCUGAUCCAAUGAGUUACGGUAUCUAUAUCGUGGAUAGGCGAUACAUCGGUUUAGAAAACAGUGUUCAACAACUUGCUCACUACAUGUUCGAUUUUGCACGAUUGAGUCGUCGACAACGUAUCAUUCAGAGAAAUCGUACGGAGCGUCUUAGCGAUCUUCUGGAUUGGAGAAAUCUUGGAAUCUAUUAUCGCCAAGCCAGAAUUAAAGCUUUGAUGACCGUUUAUCCAGAGUUAGCUUCUGAAUAUGCCGAAGGUGGUGUAGGGCGUUUCAGUUAUCCUAGACCUAUCAGUGAACCACCAUCGCCCUCUUCCUCAAGACACACUACUCCGGCUGCUUCAGUUCACGGAUCCGACGACGAAGACGAAGACGUAGACGACGAGAAGGAGCUAGAGGAAUUGCGCCAAACCAAUGCCAGAUAAACGCUGAAAAAUAUCGAAGUGGCGAACAAUUGUGUAUAUUAGAUGAAUGCGUGGAGACUUCGCAACAGUAGUGCCAACGAUUUGAUUAAUAUAGUCUUCCAUGGAGAAUUAAUUAAAUAAGCUGCUCGUCACAUUUUUCAUCCUUACAAUUAUUCCUCAUAUAUAGUUUUGUUGCUUUCACACACCACGCGAAAUAUGAUCACGACAAAAUAACAGUAUAUACAGCAGUAUUUACAUGACAUGCAAAAUUGUUACGAACAAGUCUUCCACGGAUCAUACCCGCACACGUUAUGUUCCACUGUCCUACACGAUGAGAUUGUUAUAUUUUAAAAACUAUAUUUGAUGUUAUACA